AUGCCGCAUAGUGACAAAGGCUUGUUCUACCUUGAAAGAGUCGCUUAUUUGAUCUCGCAUGAGGUUGGUACCAUUGAGGAACGGAGACAAUGUGCGGUAGCAGCCAUGAAUUUCCUCCAGGAUAUCAAAUGUUUUGACACGCCGCAUUGGGAUAUUCUCAACGAGGCAAGUGGGCUGCAGAUCGAUAAGCCUCACCACGUACCAAGCAACAAUGCUUCCCCAGAUUACGACGCUCAGUUGCUUCGUAAAGUUAUAUCUCAUAAAUUCGGUGAAGCUCAGUACUUCCUGCAAAAUAAACGUGUGACAAGAGAUCGGUAUUAUAGACAAUUGGAGGAAACCAUCAAGUUUCUUAUCUUGUGUAAGAACUUCAAAGGGGUGGAAGAGUUGGAACAAAGGAUACAAAACAUUGUCAAUUUUCCUGAGUUAACUGUGAAGGAGCAAGAGGCGUGUAGACGAAUACGUGUUUUGGUCGCGGCCAGUUUUUACAUGCAGAAGAAGUUCUUCAAAUGUUGCCAGUAUUUCUUCAAAUGGCUAAGUAUAGACCCAGACUUGCUCAACACUCCACCUAUACCGGCCAGGAACGUUUUGCUUACGGACAAAGAGAUUAACUUGAUGAUCACCAUUUCAUGCCUUAUAUCGAUCCCCUUGGAAAGCUAUAAUGACUUCAUAUACCUGAGGGAGGCAGUACCAUUUUUCGAGCAUUUCCCACUAUGUUUAAGAAGUCUAAGGCUUCUACUGAACACUAGUUUUAACAAGUUUUUCUCCCUGUGGCAGGGGAAUGAGAUAGCAGAGGAGUGUUUACAGAGCCCGUAUCUUGUAGACGCAUGGCCGUUUGCUCAAUUGGUAAUGAGGUCCAAGAUAUACUACUUUUAUUUCAAAGUAUCCUGUGAGAUCCAAAUAGGGUACCUUUCGAGAACUUUGGGAAUCGAGGAAAAGACAAUAAGGGAAGAUGUAGAGCUGCUUAUAGAGUCAGCCAAUUUGAAUAUAGUUAUCCGGGGUGAUACAUUGUGUGAAAGCCAGUGUAGACGGCUAGAAGAUAUCGUUGUUCAAUUACAGCGUAAUGAAAGAGAGAUCGACCGAAGAAUACAGGAGAAAAGACAGAAAGUACUUGAGUUGGAAAAUAAAGCUGAGGGAAUCAUUGUGAACAAUGAUACGGUCAAUAGAAGCACCCUACCUAAUUCAGUUUCGUCAGAUAACGAUACGAUGGAUCUUAACGAUUUGACGAACGUCAGUGACACGGACAGUUUUGCUUUUGAUGGAACUAGUUGA